AUGCCUACUGACAUUAGGAACUUCUUCGGUGGCAAGUCCAGCCAGGGCUCUAGCACGUCUCCCGCGAAACCGCCAGCAAAGAAAGAGGAUGCUUCAACCGCUAGGAAGAAACGGAGCAGAAAAGUUGUCGAUGACAGUGAUGAAGAAGAGGAAUUAAAACCCAAGUCACCUGCGCCAAAGUCAAGGGCAACGAGCAAGCCUAAACCAGCUGAGCCCCAAGGCCAGCCGACUACCACUUCGGACUAUUUUGCGUCCUCAAAAAGGAACACCAAACCUGGCAAAAGCGAAGACGUGGCGAAGACUAAGGAGGUCCGGCCUUCUCAUACUGCAUCUCUCAAUGGCCGUGACGCUGAGGACGCUUCUGAAACGAAGAACAAAAAGACCCUCGACCAAUCACCCAGACAAAGCUCUCGCAGGACGGCCAAUAAGAGCACAGUUGUUCUACAAGACGACGAUGGCUUAGGAAAUGAUGACAUUUUCGCGACAGACUAUCGAAAACCAGGUCAAUACGACGACGACUACGUUGAAGAGGAUGAGCACGACGGAGACGAUGACUUUGAGAAAAUGGAAGUCAAACCAGCCAGUGCGGCUUCCGGCCAGUCGUCGCGCAGAAAGAACGCCAACGCAGCCGAGUCAGCCGACGUGGCCAUGAACGACGCACCAGCAGAGCCCAAAAGCGCCUCGCGCACAGGCCAGAAACGAAAGUCUGCAGCCAUUGACCGGGAUGGAGAUUACGAGGAUUGUAAAACCUCGAAAGGCCCUGCGCGCACAAGAGCAAUCCCAUCAGCUCCCGCUGCCAAGAAACAGAGAGGAGUAGCUACUAAGAAGGACGAGCCAGAGAGCAAGGAAAUCCAGGAUAUAUUCGACAGCAUACCGACCAUCAAACCACCUUCCCCACCACCGCCAUCAGGUGAGAAGGCGAAAUUCAAUUUUGCUGCUACGCAAAGAUCGCGAGAUCCUGUAGCAGGCGGAACCGCAGAAUUGCCCGUUGGCGCAGAAAACUGCCUGGCUGGAUUAUCAUUUGUCUUCACGGGUGUUCUUGAUACCCUCGGUCGCGAAGAAGGACAGAACUUGGUCAAAAAGUACGGUGGCAAAGUUACCACAGCACCUAGCUCAAAAACUAGCUAUGUGGUUUUAGGAAGCGAUGCUGGACCCAACAAGCUCAAAAAGAUUCAAGAGCACAACUUAAGAACUAUCAAUGAGCAAGGGCUGUUUGAGCUUAUCCGGCGACUCCCUCCCAAUGGCGGGGAUUCAAAAGCAGCUGAGAAACAUGCGGCGAAGAAGAAGGCGGAAGAGGACAAAAUCAAAGCAAUGGCCGCUGAAAUGGAAGCAGAAGAGGAGCGGAAGCUCAAGGCUAAGGGAUCAAUGACGCCUAAAGCAUCUGCAGGGUCUCAAGCUCCCUCGGCGACUCAAGGCGCCAAGGUUGAUGACCAGCUAUGGACUACGAAAUACGCCCCGACGGCUAUUAAUAUGAUAUGCGGCAACAAGGGCGCUGUUGAGAAGCUCCAAACUUGGCUUCAUAAUUGGCACAAGAAUGCCAAGUUCAACUUUUCAAGGCCUGGAAAAGAUGGGUCUGGGGUCUAUCGCGCCGUGAUGAUCCAUGGACCUCCUGGGAUAGGGAAAACGACGGCAGCGCAUCUGGUAGCUAAACUUGAAGGCUAUGAUGUCGUCGAAACGAACGCGAGUGAUACGAGGAGUAAGAAGCUCGUGGAAAGCAAUCUUCUUGAUAUCUUAGACACAACCUCCCUGCAAGGUUAUUUUUCCGGCGAAGGCAAGAAGAUCGAGAGUACGAAAAAGAACCUAGUUCUCAUAAUGGAUGAAGUUGACGGAAUGUCCGCUGGAGAUCGAGGUGGUGUGGGAGCUUUAGUUUCCCUGGCGAAGAAAACCCACAUACCCUUGAUUCUAAUCUGCAACGAGCGAAGGUUGCCGAAAAUGAAGCCCUUCGAUCACGUCACUUAUGAGUUGCCUUUCAGGCGCCCGACAGCUGAACAAAUCAGAGCUAGACUUUCGACUAUCUGCUUCAGGGAAGGCUUAAAGAUUCCACCCCCAGUAUUGGAUAGUCUCAUUGAAGGGACCAACGCCGAUAUUCGGCAAGUCAUCAACAUGCUUUCAACAGUCAAAUUAGACCAGCAGCAACUUGACUUUGACACAGGAAAGGAAAUGUCCAAAGCAUGGCAGAAGCAUGUGAUCCUGAAGCCGUGGGACAUUGUCAGCAAGAUCUUAAAUGCUCAGACCUUCUCUCCCAACUCUCAAACCACUCUGGGUGACAAAAUCGAGCUGUAUUUCAAUGAUCACGAGUUCAGUUAUCUGAUGCUUCAAGAGAACUACCUGAGAACCAGACCAGCGCUAGCUGGCAAUUACCAGGGCAAGGAACAGAAGCUGAAACUGCUUGAAUUGGCGGACAAUGCUGCCUCUAGUAUCAGUGAUGGAGAUCUCGUCGAUAGGAUGAUUCAUGGAACGCAGCAGCAAUGGAGCCUUAUGCCGACUCAUGCUGUUUUCAGUUUUGUUCGCCCCGCAAGCUUCAUUUACGGCAAUAUGGUGGAGCGGCCCGGCUUCACCAGCUGGCUGGGGCAGAAUAGUAAACAAGGUAUGUCUCCGUGGUGCAGUAUUUGCGUUUCCAACAUUAAUAUGGCAUGUGCAGGGAAACUCUGGCGUUAUGUCAAGGAAAUUCAGGGCCACAUGCGUCUCCGUGCUUCGGGUGACCGCGACGAGAUCAGACAGCAAUACAUCCCCCUCCUCUGGAACAAAUUGGUUCGCAGAUUGAUGGAUGAAGGCAAAGACAGCGUCGAAGAUGUCAUUGACUUCAUGGACAGUUAUUUCCUCACGCGCGAUGACUGGGAUGCUCUCGUCGAGCUUGGCCUGGGUCCUAUGGACGAGUCCAACGUUAAGCUGGAAACACAAACAAAAGCCACCUUUACUCGUUUAUACAACCAGCGAUCGCAUCCACUGCCAUUCAUGAAAGCCAGCAGUGUUGCGGCUCCGAAGAAGAUGGCAAAGGAAAAGCCUGACAUCGAAGAUGCCAUUGAUGAAUCGGAUGAGGCAGAGGUCCUCGAAGAUGACGCACAGGAUAACGAUGAAAGCGAGGAACUUGAUUUGAAAAAGGACAAGUAUGUCCGUGUGCCCAAGAAACCAGCGGCGCAAAAAGGCGCGUCAGGCAAAGGCAAAAAGGGUAGAAAGGCGAACCCCGACGACGAUUUUAUCGACGAUGACGAAAAACCCAAGAAAGGAAAAGGCCGAAAGACUAAGGCAAAGGCCUGA